ACUUGGUCCUCUGUGUGAACAUUUAACGUCCAACCAGUUUGACGUUAAUCCCUCAGCAGCGGAGCAGUCGAUGGAUUCUUCUUUAGAAAGCUCCAGCUCCUCUAACGGCCCCCCGGUGCGCUGCUGUCGGACCUGUAAGAUCAUCGUGAUCGGGGAUGCCGGUGUCGGUAAGACCUGUCUGACACAUCGAUUCUGCACUGGGCAGUUUCCUACAAGAACAGAGGCGACCAUCGGGGUGGAUUUUCGAGAGAAACUUCUUCAGAUAGACGGCGAGAAGAUAAAGUAAGUACAGCUAUGGGACACGGCCGGUCAGGAGCGUUUCCGCAAAAGCAUGGUGCAGCACUACUAUCGAAAUGUGCAUGGUAUUGUCUUUGUCUUUGACGUCACAAACCAAUCUAGUUUCUGCAAUCUGCCUUUGUGGAUGGACGAAUGCCGUCAACACUCUCUUGGUCUGGAUAUUCCACGUGCCCUAGUUUGCAACAAGGCUGACCUGAUGUCUUCAAAUGCUUCUGUGCUAAUCGAGCAGGCUCGUCAUUUGGCUGAAGUCCACGGGAUGUCUUUUUAUCUCACUUCAGCCAAAGGUCUCAAAGACGACCAGGUGGACAGCAUCUUCAUGGCUUUAGCACAGAGACUGAAGAGCCAGAGAAGGGAGAGCGUGAAUGGAUGUGUGUUAGAGUGCAGAGCUGAGAGCUUUAAAAUCCAGGCGCGGGUUAUAACAGCACAAGAGACCAAGAAGAAAUGGACCUGCAUCUGCUAAAGCAUGAAAGCGUGUCCAUUUAAAAUGGAUACAGAAACACAGUACAUCCAUUGAGAAUCGGUCACUGGUCAUGCCUCCAUUUGUAAUGGCUAAUUUAAAGAGAUGGUCACUCAAAAAUGAUAAUGUGCUGUACAUUUACUCACCCUCAAGGCAUUUAAGAUCCAGAGGACUUCCUUUUUCUUUUUUAGUAGGACAUUAAACAUGCUGUAAGUUUUUGACUCCUCUAAGGCAUAAAAAUAUAUAAAGAUAUUUGAGAAACAUGCUAAGUUUACAUACUUCAAAAACAAUGCUGAAGUCAGUUAUUCUUUUUUUAAAUGAAAUGUUUGUUCUGUGUCAGAACAUUUGUCUUUGUUUUGGUCUCUAUAACCUGCCCACUGCCAGUUUGCACAGGUAGCCUUGAUCGAAAACGUAUUUCAUAGGUGUCAAUCCUACAUACUGCAUGUUUACAGAUCAUAUCAUUUUGGAAUUUCAAUGUAUCAUCAGGAUUUGAUGGUAUAAAUAUGAGUGUAGUGUAACCCCACCGGUCCUACACCACCCAACCCGCUCCGAGCUGGUAUCGAACCGGCGACCUUCCGCAUGGGAGUUGGUUGCUCUACCAAGGAGGCUAAAGGCCAUGGCCUCUAGCAUCUGUCACUAGAGCACCUUUUUAGAGGUCAGAGGAAUGAGGUUUACCUGCACAGCACUUACCAGCUGGCCUCCGUUACACUCACCCCCCUAAACCUCACUCCCAUUAGGGUCACGGCACCAAUGUAACCCCACCGGUCCUACACCACCCAACCCACUGCGAGCUGGUAUCGAACCGGCUACCUUCCGCAUGGGAGUCGGUUGCUCUACCAAGGAUGCUAAAGUCCAUGGCCAUGGCAUGUCACUAGAGCACUUUUUUUAGAGGUCAGAGGAGUGAGGUUUACCUGCACAGCACUUACAAGCUGGCCUCAAUUACACUCACCCCCCUAAACCUCACUCCCAUCCGGGUCACGGCACCAAUAUAACCCCACCGGUCCUACACCACCCAACCCGCUCCGAGCUGGUAUCGAUCCAGCGACCUUCCGUAUGGGAGUCGGUUGCUCUACCAACGAGGCCUCCGUUACAGUAGCGUUUGUCUGUGUACAUUGGUCCCUCGCUAUAAUGCGGUUCACUUUUCGCGGCCUUGCAGUUUCACUUAUUUUUUUUUUCGUGCAAUUUAACGUGCUUUUAUUUUUAUUUUUUACAGCGCAUUGUGUUCUGCGUUCUGAUUGGCUGUAGACCAUUGUCAACCAAUAUCCUCUAUGCUGUGUCUCCUCUACAGCACAGAAUGCGUUCAGCGUUCAUAAAUCUUCGAUCGCUAGCAGUGUGACUCUGAAUGCUUUACUGUAUGUUUGCAAGUUUUUUCCCCACAAUGUCGACAGAACAAUCUGCACCGUCAAAGGCACUUGCAGUAGCACCCAAAGGGCAGAGAAAGAUGUUAACCAUCGCACAACAAGUUGGACUUCUGGACACGCUAAAGAAAAGUAGAAGUUACGCAGUUGUAGGGCGCUAUUAAGGAAUAAAUUAAUGAAGAUCAAAUGGUUUUGAUCUUGGGUUUAUUCUAUAAUACUGGAGUUUUCUACGAAGGUUUGAACUUUGAGAGUGUUUAAACGAGAGAAACAUGUGAAAAUGUUAAUGCCUGUCUGAGAACAGUGUAUAAAGUGUGUAGUGAGGGGUUUUACAGCCUUAAAACACCUAUAAUAAUUGUAAAAGCUGACUACUUCACGGAUUUAUAUUUUUUAACUCUCAAAAUGUCAGUAGCAGUUCAGGCCUUCAAAGGCAAAAGUAUCUACGCAUGCACUGAAACUGAACAAAAUGCCUCUGAUAUUUUUACGUCCGAAUUCAUAGAAUUUGAAAAACAGUAUGCAAGAAGUACCUGGAUGACCAACAGCACUACUUCGAGUGAGAUUCUGAAGUGCACGUCCAAUGGACACUACGCUAUCCCAUAAUGCACUGCGAGAUAAUUCAUGAGUUUAUGACACAACUGACAUGUGUAGGUCACAUAAUAAUGACAAAUGUCUGAUAUAUUAAGAUAUAUUAUGUCUGUGUUCCACUUAUACUCACAUUCGUACUAUAUAUAAAGUACUUUUCUGAUGGCCUUGAAGAAAAUUCUAAUUCAAAUGUAGUACCUGAGUAGUAGGUGAUUUCAAACGCAGCAUUUGUCUCAAGGCAGAACAAAUGUCACAAUGCCUUUUUUAGGCCUAACUCAAUUUUAACCAGAUGUGUAGUUACUGCACUUUGCCAUUGUAGGGCAGAGUUGAUUUGCCUUAUUAGACGUCACAAGGUACCACAGUUUCAUUUGUAAAUCACCAACUACCACAGUUACAGUAAUAAGAAUCUUUAUUAUUAUGCUGAAGAAAAGUCUCCUACAUCUAAGAUGGUUUGAGGAUGAGUAAAUAAAUUGCAUUUUUUAUUUUUGGGUGCUCUCUUUGAGAUUGUUUUUGUUUUGUUUGGGAGAUGAAGCCUAUGUUUCCUCAAACAACACAGUGUUUAUGAAUCAACACAUUAUAAUGAAACAGACUGCAUAAGAUUAAAAUUAGACUUAUUUACAGUUUCUUUGUGGUUUUAAAAUAGUUGAUGUUAAUUUUGAAUCUUACUGACAGCAUACAAAAUAGUUUUUCAUCGUGAUUUAUGUUGGGUAAUACAACAGAUGCCUGAUGUUUAGCUAUUACAAGUUAAAAAACAAAGUUUUGGUUAACUUUUCCCCCUGACAGCUAAACCUUCAAUUAUAUUAGGCUAUAGUGACUAAUGUAAAACAGUUUGUGUUUUCAUGAUUCAGAAUACAAUGUUUUUUUUUUCUUCUACAUGACAUAAUACUCAAAUAAUUGAAUGAUUAGCACUCAUUUCAAUGCUGCAUUUUAUGUGUAUUUUUAAUGAUGUAUUUUCUAAAUUUGAAAGUUUCUUCAUGUUUAUGUAUAUAGAUUUUGACCCUUCCCAUGUAGCAAAAUUUCUCUGGCUCAGAUCUGGCCCACACAAUCAGGGUUUGCUUGGCCCACAUGCCGCAGUGAAUUACAGUACAUGACUGGACCAAGUCUGGCUUCCAGACAAGGGCCAAACAUGGACCAUAUCUGGGCCAAGGCUCAGCCAAGUUAAUACCUCAUGACUGGUCCUGAACUGGGCCAGAUUGGUGUGUCACAAUUGCAAUGAAAAACCCAUGAAGCACUGCACUUUAAGCACACUAUGGGCGUGCUUUUUCUCAAAGCGACCUGAUUGGUAGAAUUUUUUUCGUUAUUCAAAAAUAAUUUUAAUGCAUUUUAAAUGUGGUUUAAAACAGGCCAAACUUCUGGGUCAAAUACUGUGUUACAUCUGUGCCAAAUCUUGUGUGCCGCCUUGCAUGCCACCUCUGCCAAACCUGGGCCAUGUUUGGCCCACAUGCUGUUCCAGUGCCGGAUGAAUGCCUCCUGUGCCAGCUUUAUGCCAAAUCUGAGCCAGAAUUCAUUGCUACCUAGGUUGUAAUCUUCAUAUAUGGGUGAUUAUAUAAUGGGUGUCCAAUCCUGCUUGUUGUUGGUUACUUUUCUCCAUAUUUAAGCUCCAACCCUAAUUAAGCACACCUAAACCAGCUAAUUAAGGCCUUACCUACAUGUAGCGAACUGCGAAACUUUUCGCAUGAGCUUGCGUUUCCGGUCUGACGCAUUCCCGUGCGUAUGAAUGGAAGUCAAUGGGGAGAAAAGUACAGUGUGACCGCAGCUUUUACGGUGCUUUCCACACAAGACAUAUCACAAAGGCAAGCCUAAAAUCAUUAGCCUAAAAUGCAAUAGUAGUAUGCAGGGAAGGAAAGCUGUUAUGUGAUUGGCUAAGACAUGCUUCACAUGACCAAGUUAACAUUACGGGAUUUCCAAUUGUAGGUAAUACAAACAUUUUCAUCUCCCCAAAGUUAGAAAAUCUCUGACUCACUCUCAAAAGGGUACUAUGGAGUGAAAACAAUCAUGGCAGUAUUCUUGAAGUGUCAUUCCAGAUCAAAACUAGCCACUUUAAAGUGCCCUUCAGAAUAAAAGAUUUCCAAGGGUACAUUUGGUGCAGGUGUUGAACAGCACAUUUCAUAUGUAAAGGUUCAACCCAAUACGUCCUAAUCCCUUCAAAGCUGUCACUUCAGAGAGUAAACCCUUCAAUGGGUUUAGGGCAUAGAGACGAGCCCUUCUGAAUGGAACACGCUGUUAUUAGAAACUGUUAUUUCUUCACAGGUGUGUUGAGGCAAGUUAGAGCUAAAUUCUGCAGCAAAGUGGCCCUCCAGGAGCGGGCUUGAACACCCCUGUGUCAUAACUUGCUCUCACUCAGAUAAGAUUCUGCUCCAAACUCACUUUUCACAAUCUCAACAAAGAAAAUAAAAGUACAACCAAUAAAUAAAACAUGUGUAUUGUACCUCACAUUUUAUGCUUUCCAAUUCAUUAUCAAUUUCAUUUUGAGUACAAUGGUAAUUUCCUUUCCCUCCCUGCUGAAAAAAACAGCCUAAACCAGCCUAAGCUCCAGCAUUUUUUAGCUGGUCAGGCUGGAAAAUGACCAGCUAAAACUAGCUAAAACCACCUUGACCAGCCUGAUUUAAGAUGGACAUAGCUGGUUUUGGCUGGGCUAGCAGCCUGGUUAGGCUGGUCAAGCUGGUUUUAGCUGGUCAACUUCCAGCCUGACCAGCUAAGACCAGGCUGGAAAUAGCUGGAAACCAGCCUGGAAAUGGCCAAAACCCCUCUAAAACCACGCUGGACAACCAGCUAAAACCAGCUAACCAGCUUAGGCUGGUUUAAGCAGUUUUUUUCAGAAGGGCUGUCGCUUAUAUUUAACACAACUGAUCCAGAUAAUCAGCUCAUUAUGGCCCACUUCCACUGAAUGGUACGGUUCGGUUCGGUACGCUUUUAUGGCCGUUUCCACUGUCAAAAGGUCCCUAAAAGCGAGCCGUAAUGUACCACUUUUGGGUACCCUUUGCAAAGGGUACCUAGCAGGACUAAAGCUUUCCAAAAGGUGGAGCGAGGUGAAGGUGAGGCGCAGGUGAACGUUAUUGGUUUACAGAGAAUUUACUCGCUCGUGGCGCUAGCCAGAAUGAAAACAAAGGAACCGCCAUGUUUUACACAGCCGAGACAUUACCAGUGUUGCCAACCUAUCAAUUUUGUUGCUAGAUUUAGCAACUUUUCAUACUACUCUAGCAACGUUUUUUUCAAAAAGCACCUAGCAACAAAUGAAAAAUGAAGUCACUUAAAAAGUGACUCAAAAGAGCAGUAGCUACAGGCUUCACUCAGUAAAUUUAGGUAGUAAUAAAUUCCAUAAUUCUCACAAAUGCGUUAA